AGGAUAUUGACCCACUAUGGCCCAUGGCUAUCAACGACAUGUUUUUCAUCAGAUCGGAAUUGCAAUCCCUUUCACAUCAAUUAUCAUGAGGCUCAACGAUUCACGUGAGAAAAACGCGUCUGGCAAGCAUCAGGCCUCCCAGCAGACACUUAUCUGCUGCACGCGACAGUAAGGAGGCACCUUCGUCAGACGUGCUUCUUUUCACGCUUCCAUGGGGCUCUGCAUUCGGUGGCUGCCGUAGAACCUCACACCACGCAGUCCAUGAAAAGCCAAUGGCAGUACAUUCUCAAACUCUCAUGCGGCCAAGAAGGGCUGGUCAUGAGAAGUCCAGAAACGGUUGCUUGACCUGCAAGAUUCGAAGAGUGAAAUGCGACGAAACACGACCUUCUUGCCGAAACUGUACUACAACCGGCCGGAAAUGUGAAGGUCCUAUCGCAAAUCAAGUCCAAUUCAUCCAAGGUCCACCACUCAGUCGAGCAAGCACUCCUGUCUUGGUGCCAGAAAUCUCCCCUGUUGAUGCUGCUCACCCCUACUAUGAGAGGCGCGCCUUCGACCACUUCGUCAAGCAUGGCGCGCCAAUAUUCGCAGGUCAUGUCGAUGCAAAUUUCUGGACAGAUCUAGUUCCUCGGCUCGCCCAGUCCAGCGACUUCGUCUGGGAUGCCGUAGUGUCGAUCAGUUGCCUAUUCGAACAUGUUCCAUACGAAAAUUUGGUGACCAGAUAUGACCAGAACUUUCCCUACCAAGUCACCAACAAACAUCAUCAGCAAGCACUGAAAUAUUACAACAGGGCAAUCAACAGCGUCCGCCGGCUGGCUGAUCGUGAUGAAUUGGACGACUCUGUUGCUGUUUUGAGUUGCAUCCUGUUCGCUUCCGUGGAGUUUCAGCAACGCAAUGUAACCACAGGGACGGAGCUGGUCAAAGACUGCUGCCGAAUGUUGAGACAGGGUAUGUCAACGGGGUCCAUCAGCAAGGCUUCCAAGGCGAAUUCCGCCCUUCACGAGGUGGUUGCUCCCUUCAUACUACGAAAGGCGGUGCUCACUGCCACACUUGGAACAUUUCUACCUCCAGACUGGAAUGUUCAUCAUGAGUCAAAGUCGGCGAUGGGGAAGCCGCUUCCCGCAUGCCCGACGCUGAAUGAGGCCAGCAUCCAGCUGUACAAUCUGCUAUACCAGUGCUUCGAGGUGACGAGGGUUGCAGACAUAGUUCCUGAUCUCGGCGAAGACCCAGGCAAGAAUCGCUUUCUGGCGUUACGCACGGUUUUGAUGGGACGGUUGACGCAAUGGAAAUCGUGGUUCAUGUCAGAGCAAUAUCAGGAGGCAAACAAAGAAGCCAGCUGGAUGUGCUCAUACCUUUUGAUGUACUGGGCCGUCUGCUACACCUCUCUCGCCACUUGCGUGUACAUCAACCAGACCGCGUUCGACGAGCACCGCGACCAAUUUGCCGAUAUCGUUCAACAUGCCCAGGUCUACCUCGCCCACCUUGGUGAAUCUCCGACACAAUUACCGCCAUUCCAGACGCAGGCCGGGAUUCUGCCGACUCUUUACUUCUGCGCCUUGAAGUGUCGGGAUCCCAUCCUUCGACGAGAAGCGCUGCGGCUGAUGCGACAAGCUCCCCAGCAAGACACUCUCUGGGCAUUCAUUGCCCCAGAACGCGUAGUCGAGAAAGUCAUCCCACUCGAGGAACGUGGGAUGCACUCGACAGUAAUGGACGAUGUAGUUGGCUUGCCAGAUAAGUCGCCACCAGAGGAUCGUCGAUUUGCACAUGUCAGUGUCCUGAGCAGGAAUGCAGCUGGUGGCGUACAGCGUCUGGCAUUGCAGUUACAUAGGUUCAUUCUCCAAGCCAACGGGAGAAGAAGGUUGGUCACCGAAUAUGCCUGGUUGGAUCAGGAUAUGAGUUCGUAAGAGAAUACAAGCGGUAUGGCAGUCAUUUGCCAUGCAUGAUAUCGAAAAGACAUGUGUCUCGACGACGGUACCUUUCGAGAGAUAGUCCUGCACAAUCCCAUAUAGGAGCGCCAUUGAGUACUAGGUCCCCGAACCAAGCUGAGCCGCAGACAUGAGAGGUUUUGCAUACAAGAAUUGUUUGAAAGUGCAUAACAGAAACUUAUGGGCAGAAGCUAGCCCAUCUUUGACGCUGGUAUGAGUAUAUGAUGGCGGAUAUGCUGGUGGUAGAGAUUGCUCAGGGGUCAAUUUUUAAGCAAGGCUGUGCCAUUUUUAAAGGUUCGAAUAUAUUUUUGUUUACCAUCGAUCGUACCUGCACCCAACUUUUUGGCCCAUCAAUGAAACCGCCGAUGAACCCAACACACUCCUUAUAAGCAGUCAUGGUUUGCAUACGUCGAAAGAAGGCAAAAACCUUUCACGGAGUUCCAAUGUCUAAUUUGAUGAGUUGAUGUACAUGCAGUA